AUGACCCGCGAAAUGGCCCUCGUAGCCUACCGAAACCUGCUGCGAUCAGCGCGCAUCGCCUUCCAAGGAGAUGCGAGUGUCCUCACCGCGGCGCGCAUCGAGGUGCGCAAGAACUUCGAGACGAACCGGGCCGUACAAACCGGCAGCGAAGAGUACCGAGCGCAGAUCGCCCACGCCUCCGAGGUAGCCAAGUUCCUCCGGGAGAACGUCGUCCAGGGCCAGGCCACCGAGGGCGACAACUACAAGAUACGGAUACACGAGCACACGGAGCGCGGAGAUAAUGAGGAUAUCAAGAAGAACAAGGGCAAGACUACGUUGGGAGGAACAAAGUGCUGCUCGGCUUAA